AUGGCCGCUCCUGAGACGGACAAAUCGUUUACUCAAAUCGAGAGCGCCAAUGUGGAGGACCUCAUACAACAACUGACCCUGGAUGAAAAGGUUGCUCUCUUGACUGGCGACGACUUCUGGCACACGGUUCCAAUUCCCAGGCUUGGGAUCCCCUCGAUUCGACUGUCAGAUGGCCCGAAUGGCGUCCGCGGCACUCGCUUCUUUGGUAGUGUGCCAGCAGCAUGUCUGCCUUGCGGUACGGCCAUCGGGGCGACCUUUGACAGAGACCUGGCCGUGCAGAUUGGCCAUCUGCUCGCGGCCGAAGCAAAGGCCAAACGCGCCCACGUGGUCCUGGGCCCUACCAUCAACAUUCAGCGUGGUCCGUUAGGUGGGCGCGGUUUUGAGUCGUUCUCAGAAGAUCCCCUUCUGUCGGGCAUAAUGGCGGGCCAUUAUUGCAAGGGAUUGAAAGAGAAGAACAUCAUCGCAACACUCAAGCAUUUUGUAUGCAACGACCAGGAACAUGAGCGGAUGGCGGUCAACUCCAUUGUCACAGAUCGAGCGCUGCGAGAAAUCUACCUCCUGCCGUUCAUGGUUGCGAUCGCCCUGGGGAAGCCCGAGGCCAUCAUGACGGCAUACAACAAAGUGAACGGGGUCCAUGCAUCGGAGAGCCCGGCGCUUCUCCAGGACAUCCUUCGUGGGGAAUGGGGGUGGGAGGGCCUAUUGAUGAGCGAUUGGUUUGGAACAUACAGUACCUCCGAGGCCAUUCACGCUGGACUGGAUCUGGAAAUGCCAGGCCCAACGAGGUGGCGCGGCAGUGCGCUAGCACACGCUAUUGCCGCAAAUAAGGUCUCUAUGGCAACGAUAAAUGCUCGCGUUCGAGCAGUCCUGAAAAUGGUUCAGAAGGCCAGUCGAUCAGGUAUCCCAGAGCGAGCCCCAGAGUUGCAGCUGAAUCGAGCCGAGGACAGACGGCUGUUGAGGAAGAUCGCAUCGGAAGCAGUGGUCCUCCUUAAGAACGAUGACGGCGUUCUCCCCCUCAACAAGACCAAGAAAAUCGCAGUCAUCGGGCCUAACGCUAAAAUUGCCACCUACUGUGGAGGUGGCAGCGCGGCACUCAAUCCAUACGAAGCCGUCACUCCAUUUGCAGGGAUCUCGAACUCCUCAUCAGGCGGCGUGGAGUUUGCCCAGGGUAUUCACGGGCAUCAAAACCUACCGUUGCUGGGAAAGCGUCUUCGCACCCAGGAUGGCCUUACUGGGUUCACCUUGAAGGUCUUCAACGACCCACCGACAGUCUCGGACAGAACACCUCUGGAGGUGCGGCACGAGACCGACUCGAUGGUUUUCUUCCUCGAUUACAACCAUCCAGAGCUCCAGCCCGUGUGGUUCGCUGACGCAGAGGGAAAUUUCAUCCCGGAUGAAUCAGGAAUAUACGACUUUGGUCUCUGUGUGCAAGGGACGGGGAAGCUCUUUGUGGAUGGUAAUCUGCUAGUCAAUAACGCUGAUAUACAAAGACCGGGUCCAAGCUUCCUCGGGAGUGGUACCAUGGAGGAAAGAGGGACGAUGGAACUUGUGGCCGGGCAACAGUACAAGGUCCAUGUGCAGUGGGGAUGUGCUAAGACCAGCAAAUUCAAGGUCCCUGGAGUUGUCGACUUUGGUCACGGAGGAUUCCGUUUCGGAGCCUGUAGGCAACUACCGCCUCAGAUGGGCAUCGAGGAAGCAGUCAAGCUGGCUGCAAGCGUGGACCAGGUGGUCCUGAUGGCUGGGCUGAGCGCGGAAUGGGAGUCCGAGGGCGAGGAUCGCACCAGCAUGAGUUUGCCUCCCUAUACGGACGAGCUGAUUGCUCGCGUUCUGGAGGUGAAUCCGGAGACUGUUGUGGUCAUACAAAGCGGAACACCCGUAGAGAUGCCUUGGAUCAAAGACACGAAGGCGGUGCUGCAUGCCUGGUAUGGAGGUAACGAAACGGGCAACGGCCUUGCAGAUGUCAUCUUUGGUGACGUGAACCCGUCUGGUAAGCUUCCACUCACCUUCCCUCGUCAUGUCAAAAACAACCCCACCUACUUCAACUUCCGCUCCGAGGGCGGCAGAGUCCUGUACGGUGAGGACGUCUAUGUAGGCUAUCGGUUCUAUGAUGAGACCGAGAUAGAUCCGCUGUUCCCCUUUGGUCACGGCCUGUCGUACACUACGUUUGAGCUCUCCGGCCUGAGCCUCAUGAGGCACUCAAACACACUGCAGGCUACCUGCACGUUGCGCAACACCGGAUCCAGGGCUGGCGCAGAGGUGAUACAGUUAUAUAUGGCGCCUGUCUCGCCGCCGAUCAAACGCCCACUGAAGGAAUUAAAGGAGUUCCGGAAGGUUUGGCUGAAAUCGGCUGCGGAAACAGAGGUGACAAUUCCGUUGGAUCUGGUCCGCGCGACCAGCUUUUGGGACGAGAAGAGCGGUAGCUGGUGCAGCCACAGCGGUACAUAUCGGGUUAUGAUAGGAACCAGUAGCCGUGGGGAGUUUCUAGAGAGCUCCGUGGAGUUAACUGAGACCACAUUCUGGUCAGGUCUCUGA